CCAACCCCUUCAUGAGUGAGUGAGUCUGAUCUGUCUCUACGACAACAGGACGUAAACAAAUGGGGUAUCACUGUCCCCGUUGAAGCCGUUCCCUUUACUACAGUGAACUGGUAAGAUAUGCGUAUAUAUUAAAUAUACUUUCUGUACUACCUAGUCGUUAGAGCUGUGGAAAAAAUCCUGAUCUGUUAAUUAUAGCAUUCUUCUGUGUAUGCAUCUAAUUUCCCAGAUGGAUAAAUAAUCUCAUCGUAUUGGAAGUGACGGUGACGUCUUUCACCAUGACCACAAAACCUGGGAAAUCAAUUUCCCACAGUUCUAAACCCACCAAGAAGACUGGGAGUCCAAAAACGCCCAAAAAGAAGUCUUCUAAUGCCAAAUCCACCAAGACAGAGGUGGACAUCCUCAGCCCAGCAGCCAUGGAGAACGUCUACUACAUUUCCCACAAUGCAGUGGACUGUCUGAAGUUUCGAGGCUUUGGGUGGCCCCAUUCAAAGAAGAAAAAGGGAACAAAACGGAAGAAGAAAAAGUGAAUUUGCCAAAUCAAAGUAAUUCCCAUUUUUGGUUAAACUUAUAUGUAAAUGGCACCACCUGAUGGACACGUAGUGACUGCAAGUAUAGAGUUCUGACGUUGAUGUUCCGUUUCUUCCAUACAGGAAAGCUAAAUUGUGGCGGUGACGUCAACGUUUCAUUCAUGAUGCAUAGACUAACAUUGAUAGACAGCAACUUUAUUAUAAGCUGUUGUGUUUACACUUGUCAAAAGUUGGCAGUUGAUUGAUUGAUAUAUUUAUUUGUCGUUUGCCAGAGUACAGGUA